GCGCGCGUCUUCGCCGCCCAGCUGCCCUUCCUCGCCGCCUCUGGCGGCGGCGGCGGCGCGCCCCUGGACGGCGCGGUGGCCGCCCUCGGCCAGCUGCAGGAGCUGGCCGCCAGCGCUGGUCGAGCCGGCACCGAAGGAUGUGGGGCCACUGUAGCCGAACGGCUGCAGCUGUUGCGG